AUGGCAACCGAUAAGACUCAGAUUGAAAGCCAAGUCAAUCCUGGUUCGGACGGCGAGCUGAACUUGUAUCUCAGUAUGCCCUACAACCUGGAACACAGCUCACUUACUGACGCCAGUUCAGACCCAGCCACAACCCGACUUCUCCAAGAUGUGUCAAAGGCAAUCCUCCAAGACCCUGGGCUACCUAGGCCAAAUCCAACAGUGUCAGCUUGGCAGGUUCCUCCUCAUCCAUCUCUGGCCUCAAUACAGUCACAGGAUCUCCCAGAGUUUACUGAUUUUGUGGUAAUUGGCUCUGGUAUUACUGGUUGUAGUGUCACGAAGGCACUCCUCGAACACCCAUCUACAGCCAACUCACGUGUAGCGGUGCUUGAGGCCCGCACUCUUGUCAGUGGAGCGACAGGACGUAAUGGGGGACAUCUUGUCACAGCAUCUGGGCAUACAUUCGGCCCUCUAGCUGAACAGCAUGGAACUGAAGCGGCAAAGGAGAUCACUCGCUUUAGCAUCAUGAAUAUUGAGCAUCUGAUGGGACUUGUCAGGGAGUUCGAUCCUGUUUUGCAAGAAGAGUGCCAGAUACGAGACGUCCUAAAAGUCAUGGCAGUUGGAGACGACGAGACAUGGGCUUCUGCCAAGAGCUCCGUUCUAGGUUUCCAGGACAAUGUGCCAGAGUACAGCACUUAUCACAGGAUAAUUGAAAGGGACCAGGUUCCGAAGAGAUGGAAUAUCAAGAAUGCAUCUGGAGCCGUUGAGCAUGAAGCUGGUGCAGUUUGGCCCUAUCGACUACUGACUGGUAUUUACGAAAGCUUGUUGGAAAAGCACAUUGAUCGGCUGAAUAUUGAGACAAACACGCCAGUGAUUCGCGUUGAGUUCUCCCAGGGACUGUAUCCCUACAUCAUCACUACCCCACGGGGGAGCAUCCGAGCAAAAAAGGUCAUCCAUUGUACAAAUGGGCACGCGGCGCACUUGCUGCCCAACUUGACUGGAAGUCUUUAUCCAUUUCGAGGAACAAUGUCAGUUCAGAAGGCGGGACCAUUGUUUCCAAAAUACAAUGGAACUAGAUCUUGGAGCUUGUCUCACAAGUCAACCCUGGAUGCAGAAACUGGCUUCUUCGACACCGGCCUCUAUUAUUUGCAGCAAAACCCCCUUACGAGAAGCAUCUGGAUCGGGAACGAGACGGCUUAUAUGAAGGAUAUCUUAACUGCAGAUGAUACUUAUGUCCCUCAAGAGGCAAGGCAGGCACUCUCUACUGUUUUACCGAAAUUGUUUCUCGAUGGCUGGGGAUCGGAGACCGUUUCGGAGAUCGAGUCUAUCUGGUCAGGCAUUCAAGGACAUACAGCAGAUGGACUUCCUAUCGUCGGCAGGAUACCCCAGUCUGUGACGGGCACAGUUGGUGACAAUGGGCAGUGGAUAGCUGCAGGAUUCAAUGGGUAUGGAAUGGACAAGUGCUGGCUAACGGGAGAGGCGUUGGUAAAAAUGAUUCUGGGCGACGAUGUCAGCGGCUGGUUUCCUGGCGCAUUCCUCAUCACCGAGGAACGUCUCCAGAACAAACUCACAGCUGAUCGAACGUUGCUCAAAUUUGCAAAGAUCGCUCUGCCCGGUGGUGCAAAGGAGGGUAAAUUGUAA